GGGGUUUGACGUGGCUGACAGGUGAUGCUAUGAGGCGCUCCGUGUUAUUAUUGGCCUUUCUAUGUGGGGCUGUGGUGGUGAGCCUGGCAGCCAAGUCCCAGAGUUAUGUUGAGAGCAUAGCUGACCCCAAGGAAUGGAAGAAACUUCUCAGAACUCGGACAAAUAUACUGGUCUUAUAUUCUCGUGGGAAAAUCAAGCAGGAGGUGAACAACGUCUUCAAUGAGGUGUCCCGUGAGCUCCGCGGAACAGCCACCCUGGUUCACGUUGACUGUACAGGUGAUGGCAAGAAGCUCUGCAAGAAGAACAAGGUAGAGCCGUCUCCAUACGUCCUGAAGCACUACAAGGAUGGAGACUUCCACAAGGACUAUGACCGGAGGGAAACCAUCCAGUCCAUGUCAACCUUCCUGCGGGAUCCCUCGGGGGACAUUCCAUGGGAUGAGGACGAACAGGGGGCAGACGUGAUCCACAUUAAUGAUGUUAAUGCCCUGACAAGAUUGUUAAAAAAAGAGAAAACUUUUAUGAUGAUGUUUUAUGCACCGUGGUGUGGGUUCUGCAAACGUCUCAAGCCAGACUACUCCUCGGCAGCAACAGAGCUCAAAGACACACACACCUUAGUUGCCAUGGAUGUAAACAAACCGGAGAAUUCAGCCGCCAGGAUAAAAUAUAAUAUCACUGGCUUUCCAACGCUUGUGUAUUUUGAAAAUGGGGUCCCAAAGUACACAUAUGAAGGAGAGAACAAUAAGGCUGGGAUCGUGGCAUUUAUGAAAAAUCCUGGCAAAGCCCCCGAGAAACCCAAAGAGGAGGUUUGGGCUGACACUCCGAGUGACGUGACCCAUCUCACCGACACUACUUUUCACGAGUUCUUAAAGGGUGAAGCGUCUGUGCUGGUAAUGUUUUAUGCUCCGUGGUGUGGACACUGCAAGCGCAUGAAACCUGAGUACACUGCUGCCGCCACCAUACUAAAAGAGAAAGGGAUUGUUGGCAGGCUGGCUGCUGUUGACACCACAAAGGAAACAAAGUUGGGUUCAGAAUUCAAUAUAAAAGGCUACCCAACCAUCAAAUACUUCAAGGAUGGAGAGUUUGCUUUUGACGUUUCUUCUGCAAGGGAAAAAGAUAAGAUCAUCGAAUUCAUGUCAGAUCCAAAAGAGCCCCCUCCUCCACCACCACCAGAGAAGCCCUGGUCCGAGGUGGAGUCCUCAGUUGUACACUUAACUGAUGAGAAUUAUAAAUCUUUUCUCAAGAAGAAGAAGCAUGUCCUUGUCAUGUUUUAUGCUCCAUGGUGCGGCCAUUGUAAGAAAGCCAAACCAGAAUUUACUGGUGCAGCAGACAAAUUUGUGGAUGACCCAAAGGUCGAGUUUGCUGCGGUCGACUGCACGGCUUAUCAGGCUCUGUGUAGCGCUAAUGAUGUCAGUGGGUAUCCCACUUUCAAAUAUUUCAAUUAUUACAAGAACACUAAACCUUAUAACGGGGGUCGCACAGAAAUAGAUUUUGUGAAAUUUAUGGAGGAUCCAGAGAACCCCUUGAGUGGGUCUCCUCCUCCACCUCCUUCGCCGCGGGAGGAGUGGGCGUCAGUGCAGGGUGGUAACUUAAUCCACCACCUAACAGAAGCCACUUUUGAUUCCUUCAUCAAUAAUAAAGAGGCUCUGGUUAUGUUCUAUGCACCAUGGUGUGGCCACUGUAAGGCCAUGAAGGGUGACUAUGGACAGGCAGCAGUUGAGUUGGCAGCCGAGGGCCAAACAGGUGUACUGGCCACAGUGGAUGCCACUGUUGAACGUAGCUUAGCCACGCGCUACCAGAUUCAUGGCUUCCCAACUCUGAAGUUCUUCAGACGAGGCCAACUGAUCACAGAAUACAAUCGAAGUCGUAAAGCAGCAGAUAUAAUUGAUUUUAUGAAGAAUCCUCCGCUAAAUGGAAAAGAUGAACUUUAGAUGCAAUGUGUUCAGUUUUUUAUGGAUGUGGAUAUGAAUGUUGUGUAUCAUUUAUAUGUUUUGUUCCUCCUAGUAGCCAGAGGUUUAAGAUGUUGAUGAGCCUUAGUGAACAAGCCUUAUGGAGGUGUUUCAGGUUUAAUUUAUUUCUUCUAAUACCUAGCAUUUAAUAUGCAAUUUAAAAAGCUAUAGUAUAUACAAUUAAGUUAAAAAUAGGUGUGACCUAAAUGUUAAGAAAUACAAAUUUAUCAUAAUUGAGCCUAACAUGUACUGUACUGUACUAUAUUGUCAGUAACAUGUUAACGAAAUUAGCGUCACAAUUUUUUAUUAUUAGUACAUAGUAAUAGCCUAUUGGAACUGAGGUCAUUAUCUCAAACAUUUAAUAAUACUAAGUUCUCUUAUAAGUUCCUCGACAAAUGGGAAGGCUGGUGGGUGUACAAGGGUGUGUGUAUCUUUGUUUUAGUAACUCCUAAGACCAGUGAUCAAUGUCUAUGAUCUGGUUUAGUACAAAUUAUGAAACAAAUACUGAUAUGUUGUGGGAUUUUUCAUGAGAGUGUGUUUAAGAAGGUGAGACAUGAUGUACCCAAGACUGAACAAAUUUAGUAAUGUAAUAUACAUAGGAGAUAUUCCAUUUGCUUACAAUUUUAAGGUGUAUUAGAGGUUAUAGAACUGAUUAAAUUUGUAUUCAUGAUAGCAACCGUACCCUCAUUGUUGAACCACUUCACCGUGGACAUGUGAAUCGGCCAGGCAGCUUGAAGUAUCAAGUUCAAAACGUAUUUUCUAGGCUUCACAAUUACUAGAGAGGUGACUUAGAUAAACUCUUGAGAUGAAAAGCUUUUUUCCGUGAUCAAUUUCGUAAGAUGGAUGCUUAUUAGCACUGGCUACUGCUGUAGUAUUCAGUGAGUGCCGUCCCUAGAAUGGCUUCAAGUACUUCGGCCAUGGUUUUGACUGAAAAAUUAAUUUACCGAGGCAGGGAUAUAUUUGUAGAAUUUUGUGUUAAAAUAUCCUAUUCUCACUUUAAGACUCGGCAGGGGAGUUUUCUUUCCUUGCCAACUAGAGAAUACAAACAAAAUUUUUAAAAAAUUUGCCUGCAUUACCCAAUAAAUAUACUUGUAUUUGGCAGUUGACCAAUGACAUGUACAGCUUUAAAGGUGAUACAAAGUGUAUGUACUGUAUUGUUAUUAUUUAUAAGAUCGCAACUAUUAAUGUCCCACACAUAAUGAUAUAUUUAUUAUUACUAAUGUCUUCAAGGGUUCCUUGAUAUUUUAUUUGUGAGAGGUGUUAGAAUAUGAACCUAACAGCUGUAGACAAAUAAUUUUUUUUACUGAUGCCCCCUUCAUGUGUUGUAGUUAAAGCUACAGGAUGUUGAUAUUAUUUUAGUAGUUUUUCUUAUGAUGACCAAUUAACAGUAAUAUUUAUUAUUUCGGUGCGUGAUAUGUAUAAAUUUGAUCAAACUAUGCGGCACAAACCUUUUGAAAUGACUUUACAAUUAUAGCUUCAAAUACAUAUAUAUAUAUAUAAACUGAAGACUCUGACUCACAUCCUUUCUAGAGGCAAACAUAAUCAUAUUUAAUGAACUUGGAAUCUCCAUGAGGCACAAUGGCAAGUGGACAUGGCUGCCAGUUAAAUGUCUGUGUCCUGUCAGAGUGACGUGCCCCCAGCUGUAGAAUAGUUACCGAAAUUAACUGUAGGGAGUGAUAAUGGCAGGGGCCCCAGAGAGGGUCAUGAUGCACCUGGUGCAAAACACGGGCCUGUGCCCUUGGGGGGGCAGGCUCGAGGAAAUAUUUUCCUCGCUACCAUACAGAAAAGUCGUCCUCCCCCUAUCUCUCUCUCUAAAGUAAUAAAGUAUUAGUAUUUACAUGAUGAUGCUUAAUAGUGAACAUUCCUGUGGGGCAGCUUAAAGAGGUUGUGUCAUGUCUUGUGACACUGAAGUUAGAAUUUUUUACCUAAACACGGAGUAAAAGACCUAAGGAAAUCAAUGACCUUUGAUUUAUGAGGAAGCAAAGAGUUACCACUGACUACUUCUGAAAGCAUAUAAAAAAAAAAGCAUGUUCUUAUGAAAGGAAGUUGGA